UAUUUUGGGCUAGUUUAAGCUUCUGAAUGGCGGGUUCUAAACUGACUUUGGGCUGGUUAUGUUUUUAGACCUGGCAACCCUGUAGUGAGCUACAGGCUAAACUAAGCUGCCAACAGUAACUACAACAAACCGCACAGACACCAGCCCAGCAUUAGCAGCGGCUAGCGGGAUAACUUAGCUAACCUAGCUAACUGUACACCCUUCUACAGCACAAAAGAGGCUUUAAUUUACCCAUCUGACGAGUAAACUACAGCUCUCUAACCCGCUGUAGUUUAGUGUACAGUAUGGCAGAAGAUGGUAGAAGAGUGGAGGAGGAUGAACGGGGUCCAGGAGCUCAAUUUCAGAUGUUUGUGGUUAUGGAGGAUAUGCUGGAUAAACUGAAGCUGCUGGAUUAUGAGGAACAUGUUCUGGUUAAACACAACAUGAAAACGCUGUCCAGGCAUUAUUUUGUGUCGAGUCCAUACACAGCGAGCAACACGGGUGAGCAGUUCUACAUGUUCAGUGUGAUUGCAGCCUGGCUUAUAACACUGUGUGGACGGCCGUUUGAAACACCACAGGAGCAUGAUGACCCCAACGCCACCGUCUCCAACAUCCUGUCCCAGCUCCGAGCUCUGGGUGGGGUGGUUGAUUUUCCUCCUUCUAAACUAAAGUCUGGUUCUGGAGAACAUGUGUGUUAUGUCCUGGACCGCCUUGCAGAAGAAGCUCUGAAGAGUAGAAACUUCAUCUGGAAAAAGCCCGUCUACCCCACUGAGGAGCUGGAGGAGGAGAUUGUGAUGGAAGAUGAUGCUGAGCUUACACUGGAUAAAGUGGAGGAGAUACCUGAAGAGCCUGAUGAGGAAGAGGAUAUUAUUGAUCUGGACGAGCUAAAGAACAGAACCAUUCAGAGCGAGGAAGCAGGUGGGGCGAGGCCAGAGAUGAUCCUUGAAUCAGUCACAGACUCGGCUGAGUGGAAUCUGGAGGUGGAAAGAGUUCUUCCUCAACUUAAAGUCACCAUUCGUUCUGAUGUCAAGGAUUGGCGGAUACAUGUGAACCAAAUGCAUCAGCACCAAGACGGCAUCAAAACAUCUUUAAAAGACGCCAAGGGCUAUCUGGAUAAGCUGCUGGAGGAGAUCGCUAAGACUCAGGAGAAAGUGAGCAGCAGAGAGAAAUACAUCAACUCUCAGCUGGAACAUCUCAUCACUGAUUACAGAAACGCUCAGUCUAAACUCAGUGAGGCUAGAGAGAGAUAUCAGCAGGGCAGUGGCGGUGUGACUGAGAGAACCAGAACACUAGCAGAGAUCAGUGAAGAGCUGGAGAAAGUCAAACAGGAGAUGGAGGAGAAGGGUAGCAGCAUGUCAGAUGGAGCCCCGGUGGUGAAGAUCCGUCAGAGCCUGACGAAGCUGAAGCAGGAGAUCCAGCAGAUGGAUGUGAGAAUGGGAGUGGUGGAACACACGCUGCUGCAGGCCAAGCUAAAAGAAAAGAACAACAUGACGAGAGACAUGCAUGCUACACACAUUACAGAGACCAGCACACACACCUACUCAUAAUGUCUCUUACACACACACAACCUGUAUAAAAUAUAUCUAUUUAUAUAUGACCUAUAUAUAUUGCUGUAAAUGUCCUUGUCUUUAUAACUUUUAUAAUAAACAUCUAAUUUCAUGUAUAUA